AUCCAUCCUGUUGUGCUGAAGAUGCUUCCUGAAGAACAGAAAGAGGCAAUUCAUUCAUUCAUUGCUGCAGGCAUUUAUUUAUUCAUUAAGUAAUAUUAAUAGAAUCAUUCGGAUAUGCCAGGCAUUCAAGUCCUACAAGACAGCCUAAGCUACCCUAAAGGAGCUUAGCAUCUGAUGGAGGAGGCCUCUGGGUAAUUACUGUGGAGUUCGUGAGUGUCUGGGUGCGGGAUCCUAGGAUUCAGAAGGAGGACUUCUGGCAUUCUUACAUCGACUAUGAAAUCUGUAUUCAUACCAAUAGCAUGUGUUUUACAAUGAAGACGUCCUGUGUACGAAGGAGAUACAGAGAAUUUGUGUGGCUGAGGCAGAGACUCCAGAGUAAUGCAUUGCUGGUACAACUGCCAGAGCUUCCGUCUAAAAACCUGUUUUUCAACAUGAACAAUCGCCAGCAUGUGGACCAGCGGCGCCAGGGUCUGGAAGAUUUCCUCAGAAAGGUCCUACACAACGCGCUCCUGCUCUCAGACAGCAGCCUGCACCUCUUCUUGCAAAGCCACCUGAACGCGGAAGACAUCGAGGCGUGCGUUUCUGGGCAGACGAAGUACUCGGUAGAGGAAGCAAUUCACAAGUUCGCCUUGAUGAACAGGCGCUUCCCUGAAGAAGAUGAAGCCGGAGAACAAGAAAACAAUAUAGAUUACGGUUCAGAAAGUUCAUCCUCCGGGUUUGGCCACAGUAGUGAUGACAGCAGUUCGCAUGGGUGUAAAACGAGCACGGCUCUGCAGGAAUCCUGAAAAAGAAUUCUAACAUGACCAUCUUCGGAACAGCAAAUUAUGUCCAGUCACAGAGGAGAAAGCCCGCUCAUGAUCUAUUUUUACCUAAAGCUCACUGUCAUGAUAGUAGGCACUUAAAUUCUUUAAGACGUUGGGUUGUUUACUCAUGCUGUUUUCAUGUUGUCUUAUUUUGGCUAAGCUUCCGUAAAAAGCUAAAGGCCUGUGACUGCAACUCUCUCCUAUACAGGCCAACAUUAUUGGUAAAACAAGAUCCUGCUCCCAAAUGACAUGGUGUAUGUGUUUAAAACAACAACAACCUGGUUGCUUUUACUGAAUUUGAAAAUAUAGGUAAAUAGUUAGCAUUUGAAAUCCAGACAGUGGAUUCCUUUUUGAAUCAACGGGGCAGUGUUCGCGUAAACACAGCACGUAUGAGCUUAACCACUCUGAAGACUGACAACCUAGACCAGACGGCCUCGCUCAGACAUGGGCUGGUAUUUUGUGGGUACCUCCCCCGCACCGGGAAGACACUUUGCUUUUGGGUAUUUGGACUCUUGGAAGAGAGUUUAACCUUGCCAGUAUUCUGUUUCACACUUAGAUGGGAACAGAGACACGCUAAAAUAAUGUUUACAUCCCAGACAAAACAGAAACCGUGCCAGUGACUUUGCUUAGGCUUGCAAUAUGUAGAUUAAGAAAUACAGUCUCUUUGUCCAAAAAUCAGCUUUAACACAUGGUUUCUGGAGACAAAUCAUUUGUUUUCAUUAUCUUUGUGUAAUUGGAAUUACAGGUUAAUGAUUUAUUUUCUGACUAAAUGUGCAGUUUCCUAUCCGUAGAUAACUUUGUCAGUGGUGGUGACUUGUUACUGAUCUUUAAGUUAGAAGUAGGCUCUAAUAAAAGUAACUUUAGUGUUAUCAGUAAGUAUUCCUGUAAUUUAGAAAAGGAUAUAAAAAUUAUUUAUUCAUUUUUUUAAAAAAGCCUUUUCAUUUUAGGUAGCUUCCAGAGGAUUGGUGUAACUUAAAAUAAUUCAAUACAAUCUUUUUUUUUUUUAAAAUGGCCCAAAGAGAAAACGUCUUAAACUACAUUGAACUUCAACUUUCAGAUGAGAGAGCACUUUCUUAAGACAAUUACCCAAGCUUCUUCCCUGUCGAAUGGUACAAAAUAUCCCUGAAACUAACAGCAAGGUAUUUUCACAUACCUGGGGUAACUUGUUGCUUUAAUUAAAUGUUACCUCACCUCAUCUCCACUAGGAGUUUAAAAGUUACUGUAUUAUUAAAAAGUCUUUGAAAUGCUUGUAAUUAAGAAGCAAUAGAAAAAAAAUUAAAUUUAGAAUAAGAAUGAUUCCAUGCUUUCUCCUUUUCGUUUUUGUUUGGUCUAAAACAUUGAACUUAUGUAAAUAUUCUGAUUUAAUGUAUUGGGUCUUAUUACUUUAUCACCUAGGACUCAUUAUCUUAAUACAGAAAAAAAGAGGCUUAGCAAUUUCUUUUUAUCUGGCCAACACGUAAAGUUUACCAUCCUGUCAUUUAAGAGCGGAUCCCAGCUCCUCGGCGACAUGUAUUUGAAUCACAUUAUUUCUGUUUUUCAGCAGUUUUGAAAAGGAUGUAUAUAUGCUACCAGUUGUCAUAUUAUUUUUAGAUGAUGUAAACAGCCAUCAAAAUGGGUAUUAAGUAAUGCCUGAUAUGUGGUAUGCAGACUUCACGAGAUCACCGUUUUCACAAUAAACAUGAAAAAAAAAACAAAAACAA